GAAAAUCCCACACGCGUUCUCUGUUCGUGUUCUUCAUCUCAAUCACUCUUUCAGAAGAAACGUACGCAAAUGUUGCUUUCUCUCACUCACAGAAUCUGAUUAGGGUUGUAAAGUUCUUUGGGCGUAUAAUAAUGGAGGUGGCGGAUUUGGUUACAAGUGGCAUUCCAGAAGAAAAUACCUUUGAAGUUGAUGAUGAUAAUAUUGAUAAUGCUAAUUUUGAGGGCGAAAGGUGUGGGAUAUGCAUGGACAUUGUCAUUGACAGGGGAGUUCUUGACUGCUGCCAGCACUGGUUCUGUUUUGCAUGCAUUGACAACUGGACUACCAUCACAAACCUUUGCCCACUUUGCCAGAACGAAUUUCAAUUGAUCACAUGCGUUCCGGUAUAUGAUACCAUUGGUAGCAACAAAGUUGAGGAGGAGUCAUUUUCCGGAGAUGAUGAUUGGUGCAUUGAAGGGAAGAAUAAUACUCUCUCUUUUCCAUCCUACUACAUUGAUGAAAAUGCAGUUAUCUGCUUGGAUGGAGAUGGGUGCAAAAUUCGAAGUGGAUCAGUGACUAUUGAGGAAGAUUCCAAUCUUGAUACAUCCAUCGCUUGUGAUUCAUGUGAUAUAUGGUAUCAUGCUUUUUGUGUGGGAUUUGAUUCUGAAGACACAUCUGAGAGUACCUGGUUAUGCCCAAGAUGCGUGCCACAAAAAUCAGAUGCGAUUUCUAUACAGGGGCCUAAGAACGACUGUGGUCCUGAAAAUGCUAGUAGUGAAUGCUUCAUUGAGGAUGCUUUUUCUGGAAAGGUAUCUGUUUCUGUUGCUGAUGCCGGAGAGACAGCUGUUGUGGUCUCAAUAGUUGGUGAAAAUCAAUGGACUUCAAGACCAAAUGAGAACUUUCUGUCUGCUGUCAAAGUUGAGAAGGACUUGAAUACUGAAACAUUUAUAUCAACUUCUGAUGCCAGUAGUCACAAAGUGGAAACACCGUCUACGGAGAAGACUAUCAUUCAAUCAAUCUUUGAGGGGAAGGAACUGGAAUUGUCCUUAUCACGUGAUGCAUCAUUCAUUUUUCCUUCUAAUUCCUCGGUGCUUAGUGAGUUGAAGACAAGUUCUGCUGACAAAACAAUGAAUGAACAUAGUAGCUUUCUUGGCAUUGGAAAUACUUCAAGAAAGUUGAUUAGUGAAUCCUGUAUUGGAAACAGGCUGUCUGAGAAGGAAUCCACUAUAGGCCUCCAUCUUGGUUUAUCCAUAGGCUCUUCUUUGUCUGUUGAUGACAUAAAGAAUGAUGUAAUUGAAGAUCAAGCUGCUGAAGAUGUCCAGCAGCAAGUUCCUUCAGAAGAAUCUUUGGCAAAAGUUGAAAAUUUUGAACCGGAUGCUUAUGAGAAUGCUGCCAGAAUGGUUGGUGUAAAGAGAAAGCCUGCAGAUUGCAGUGAGCACAUGUCAAGGAAUGCUGAUGAUGGAGAUUUCAAACCUAAGAUUGUGACUGAAGUUUCUAAAAAGAAAAUUAGACCUGAAGGGAGGGUUCAACAGAUGCAUACAAAGGACAAAGCCGAUGCAUCAGUGUCAGAUAAUUCUCAGAAAUGUCCAAGCCCAAUAGCAGUUCGCAAAGAUGAUAGGUUCCAUCAUCAAGAUAAGAAAGGUGUUACAUCUGAUAUAAUGACUAUAGUUCGAGGGACAAACCAUAGACCUUCCAAGGGACUUGCACCUCGAAAGCCUGCUGAUAAAUCAUCAAUAGAACGAGAAAAUACAGCUGGCUUGCGAGUAAAAAAGAUCAUGAGGAUAACUUCUGAGGACAAGGAGUCAUCCGCGGUUCAAAAUCUAAGAAAAGAAAUAAGAGAAGCUGUCCGUAACAAAUCCUCGAAAGAGUUCGGGGAAAGCCUUUUUGAUCCAAAGCUUCUUGCUGCCUUCAGGGCUGCUGUAGCAGGCCCCAAAGAUGAACCUGUUAAGAAGUUACCACCUUUAGCUGUAAAGUCGAAGAAGUCCAUGUUACAGAAAGGGAAAGUACGAGAGAAUCUAACAAAGAAAAUUUAUGGAUUAUCCAAUGGAAGAAGGAAACGUGCAUGGGAUAGGGAUUGCGAAGUUGAGUUUUGGAAGCAUCGCUGCAUGAGAGCUACAAAGCCUGAAAAGAUUGAGACUUUGAAGUCGGUUCUUGGCCUCCUAAGAACAAGUUUGGAUAGCUCAGAUCAGGGGUCUGAAUCGCAGGCCACAAAUCCAAUUCUUUCCAGGUUGUAUUUAGCAGAUACAUCUGUAUUUCCAAGAAAGGAUAAUAUCAAGCCUCUUGCAGCUCUUAAAGCUUCUAGUAAUUCAGAGCAGAAUAAAGAACAGCUCACCUCUGCAGAAACCUGUCCAAAGGCAUCUCUUGAUAAUAGUACUACAAAAUUCACAGAAUCGAACAAGGUUUUGUCGAAGGCUGGGUUUCCUUUGUUUGAAAUUAGAGAAAAUAAGAAUAAUAUUCCAAUCUCAAAGAGCGAUAUGGCUUCUGCUCUGAAUAAAGUACGUUCGAGCACACGCCCAGAAGGGCCAUCUGUUUCUGCAUUAGGUGACUCCAAAGUUAAUAAUCAGAAGCAGCUGGUUGUUAAAUCUGAUAAUAUGAAGAGCGAUAAAAGAAAAUGGGCCCUAGAGGUCCUAGCUAGGAAAGCAGCUGUUACAAGCAGGAAAACAGGAGAUGAAUUACAGGAAGACAACGCAGUGCUCAAAGGAAAUUAUCCCUUACUGGCUCAACUACCGGCAGACAUGAGACCAGUACUGGCACCUAGUCGCCAUAAUAAAAUCCCCUUAUCAGUGAGACAGACACAGCUUUACCGCCUGACAGAGCACUUUCUGAGGAAGGCAAAUUUGCCAGUCAUUUGCAGAACUGCAGAAACAGAGUUGGCGGUUGCAGAUGCAAUUAAUAUUGAAAAGGAGGUUGCUGACAGGUCAAACAGCAAAGUAGUAUACCUAAAUUUAUGUUCCCGGGAGCUAUUGCAUCAUUCAAAUGACAGCAAGUCCAGUACAGCCACAGAAUCAAAUACGUCACCAUCAGCAGAAGUCCCCAUUGAUGGAUCAGAACCGGCUAACAAUGAACUUUCAACUGAUCCUGUAAUUUUAGAGGCACUGAGAACUGCAGGCCUUGUGUCUGAUUCUCCUCCAAGUAGUCCAUUACCAGAAAAGGAAGUCCUCAAUGAUGAUGACCCCUCAAUAAGGGAGGAAGGGCUGGAUAAUAUAUUUGACAUGGCUUCUCAUCCAGAACUGGAUAUUUAUGGUGAUUUUGAGUAUGAUUUGGAAGAUGAAGACUACGUUGGUGCUACUUCAACAAAAGUCUCUAAGCUACCACCAGAAGAAGGUGCUUCAAAAAUGAAAGUGGUUUUCUCUACUCUGAACUCUGAAAGGUUGAAUAAUUGUGUAGAUUUCAAUGAUCAUGAAAAGUCAGGGAAUGUUGAAGCUCCAAAGGACUCUAACUUGCCCCAGAACUGUAGUGACCCAGUCUUAGGAAGCACUAUUUUGGAGGGUGAGGCUGACAAUUCUUGUGUUCCUCCAGAACCUUUAAUCAAUGAAAACAGUGAAGAACCUUCAAUUGCAGAAUGUGAAGAGCUAUAUGGCCCAGACAAAGAACCACUCAUUAAAAAAUUCCCGGAAGUUGCAUCAAGAAAGCAGUAUGGACAAGUUGAUGCAGUAGCUCUAGUACAGAACGAAGAUCCUAUAAAAAAUGAAAAAGCAUCUGAAGUCGGGAGUAAGAGCAAUGCAGAGAAAAUGUUUGUUGCUACUGUUGGAGAUAAGUCUCCUGGUUCUGAACAUUCACCCAACCAAUUUCAAACAGGGGAAAAUGUUGAAAGUAAGGAGCAGAAGUCUGGCAAUGAGACUAGCAAGCAGUCUGAUAGCUUCAAUCAUGUAUUCAAGAAGGUGGAAGCCUACAUCAAAGAGCACAUCAGGCCACUGUGCAAGAGUGGCGUGAUAACAGCUGAGCAGUAUAGGUGGGCUGUGGCAAAAACGACUGAUAAAGUUAUGAGAUACCACUGCAAAUCCAAGAAUGCGAAUUUUCUCAUCAAGGAAGGGGAGAAGGUGAAGAAGCUGGCAGAGCAGUAUGUUGAAACAGCCCAGCAGAAGGAAAAAAGUGAUUCUUUAUAACGGCAGCUGUUUUCAUCUUUCUCAAGUUCUGUACAUUUUUGCUCCCCUCUGACCUUAUCUGGCCCAACGCAGCAUAAGUUUAGGCAAUGUAUAAAAUGAAAAUGAAAAUAACUUUGAGCCAACUUGAUAACCAAGUGGGUUUGGCCUGAACGCAAUUAUAUGGUAGUGUCAGGUAGCCAUAGCUCCAUUACUUGUGCAGAGGUGCAUGUGCUCCACAAACAAUAUGAAAUUGUAAAUUACUGUUGAGAUUUUUUGUACAAUCUAUUGGAUGAAUUCUGCUUA